CGGGUCCUGUGGGCGGUGCGGGAUGCUCGUUCAAUGAAACCUGUGCUCGGGCGUCUGACACUGAGCUUGUUGAACGCGGGAGGCGGGAUCGCCGGUGAUCUUCACUUUGUUCAGAGAGCAGCAGUAGCAGCGAUGUUCCACUUCUUCAGAAAGCCUCCAGAGUCUAAAAAGCCUUCGGUAUCGGAGACGGAAGCAGAUGGGUUUGUCCUCUUAGGCACAGGUGCUGAUACUGGUAACACACUGGUGAACAUGACAGAAACCCUUGCAUUCACAGAAGCGUAUUGCCAAGAGAGCUUAUAUUCUGGCGAUAAACCAAAUGAGCCAGGAGAUAAAACUUCGGAAGCAGAAGACAGCCAACCUCUGGAGGCCGGCAGGGGAAGUUCAGCCAGCGUGACUGUCACAGGAGCCCCUGAGACGGACCGUGGGGCAGGCCAGACGCUGGAGAGCAGCACGCUGACGGCCGAGCUCCUGAGCGACGUGCCCUUCACCUUGGCCCCGCACAUCCUGGCCGUGCAGGGCACCGUGAGUGACCUUCCCGACCAUUUACUCUCCUAUGACAUCAGCGAAAACUUAUCACGAUUUUGGUAUGAUUUCACUCUGGAAAACUCGGUGCUUUGUGAUUCAUAGCUUUUGUGUCUGUGUGUUCCUUAACAGCUUUAAAAAGAAAAAAAGGGUUGCCUGUUUCCUUUAACUUAUUUGGCAUCGUGUUAUCAUUUCACCCUUUUAAAGGCCCUCGGAGAAGCAAAGACCUUUGAACAAAUAAAAUAGCAUCAUGUUCGUUGUUUUAUUCUGUAGAAUCAAUUACAGAUGUAUAAAAAAUGGACCUUCAGACUACUUCCCUUCCCUCACAUCAUAAGUAUAAAAAUGGAGCCAUCACGGCUGUAUGAAGGAAGAGGCUGCUGCAUCUGAUCCCCCACACUGCAACCCGCGAAGAGAGCCGGGGCGUUCCCUUCGUUCCCAGACCCUGCGGCCUGAGCCUAGGUUGCGGGGGAAGUCUCUUCCCUGGCUGGCAGGAGGGGGAAGUUCAUUGUAUUCCUCCCUCUUCCACACGGGGUGUGAAUCAGUUCAGAAAAACGUUUCCCGUUAACUUAAUUUCUUCAGUCUCCAUGUAGACACACAGCUGAGGACAUUUGAAACUUCUAACCAACAGCAAUAGCUCGCUGAUACAGAAAUACUGUAAGCACUCAGACUCAGUAGCUGGUUCCUGAGCAUACACUUGAGUUUUCUGAGACCCGCAGCCGCUCUUCCCGCCCUCCAUCAUCACUGUGUUUCCACCUUUGUUCUUUUCCCUUUCCCACUUCUGAACAUGCUAUGCAACCAGCUUCUUGGAGACCUUCCUGCUUCUGCCUCAGCUGGCAUUUUCUCUUCCUACCGCAUGCAUUUCUAGUGUCUGAAAAGGCCUCCAUUUCAUUUCCAGCCUCGCCGCCUCUUGGGUAAAGACAUUUCCUGAUGACAUUAUUGCUCAUGGCUCCCUUACUCAGAAAUUUGUUGCCACAUUACAGGUGGAAAUGUUUUACAAAUUCUAAAUUCGAUUCGUUUCCCAGUAGAGUGUAGGCAAAAUACCUGGAUAUGACUUUUAGUUCUUGGAUGUCUAUUUUUUAUUCCAACUAAAACUGAGGGGAACUGCCACUGGUCAACAAACUGUAAAGGGAAGAGUUAAAUUGUGAAUUUUCUAUCCCAUGAAAAAUUGAAGUCACAUUUAUGGUGAUUAGUAGCAAUAUCAUUUAUUAUUCUGUGCCAAAAUUUCAAGUCUAUUUUUUUGUAAAAAUGGAGUGCCGUAGCAAAACUAAACACUGUGCAUAAAGGUACAUAAAUUAUUCAAGUUUUAAUGUGCUAUGCAUGUUUAGUAAAUAUGAGAUGGUUUUAGUAAAGAUAUUAUAUUAUUUAAAGUUAAAGGAAUAUUUCUAUUGGAAAAAAUGUGUUUUAUUUAUAAUAAUGUUAUCAUAGGAGAUUAAUGAUUAAAUUAUAUCUUUACAUCCUUUUCAUAAAACAUCAGUCUAGGAAAUAAUACUUUUUACCAACAAAUGUGAACAUUUUGUAGCACUUUUAGUGAAUACCUGUCUUUUCCAAACAUCUGUGUACUCUUAAAAUUAAAUGUAAGCAUAUAGUAAAUUUGUCUAAUAUAUGUGUUAAAUUUUGUCUAAAAUACACAUUUCAUUUGCUUUCAUGUUUACCAUGUUAUAAGUAUAUGUAUAAGUAUUUUCAUGUGUCUACAGAAUUGUUAUAUUUAAAUAAAUAUGAAUUAAAAUAAA